GUUUAUUCAAUUAGAAUAAACAAAAAUAAUAAAACUGGCAGUUAAAAUAGCACACUAUAGGCUUGAAUAAAAAGUUUCUGUACGAAUGGCAGGUAAAAUUUAAAAAAAAAGUUUAUGUCUCGGACUUGAGUCAAUGUGUUCAGUUUGUUUGACAAAGAUAUACACGUACGUUACGUGUCCCGACGUCGAUUAAGAUCUUCACGUCUCGCUACACGUGGUUCGACAAUCACCGUUAUUAAUUUUAUCAAACGUGCAAAUAUAAGUAAAAAUGGAUCCGGUCAGAUCUUUUAGUUUUUUUAAAGAAGAACCUAGAAAAAGAACCAGAAGUAAUACAGAACUCGAAAUAAAAAGUGAUAAAAAACAAAAGCAACCAGUGCAGCAAACAAGAAAUCUUCUUGACCUACCAAAUGAAAUUCUACUUUAUAUAAUGAAAUAUGUAGACAGAAAAGAUUUGAAAAAUCUUAGAUUAUGUUGUUACAGAUUAUCAAGACUAGCAUUAGAUAAAUCGUUCUGGACUAUGGACUAUCGUAAAAAGUCUUAUUUGCUCGAAUUUUAUCCGUUUGUUCAGUAUGAACACAUAUUAGAACCGUUAACAGUUUGCUUAGCACUAUGUGGUACUUUCUAUCGUAGAAACCGUAUCGUAGAUACUGUUAAAAUAUCAUUUUAUAGAAAUCCUAUUGAACCUCUACUUUUUUUUACCUUACAAAAAUGCCGGAUGCUUAAGGAAUUGAGUAUUGAAGAAUAUUAUUUUAAUACAGAUGAGGUUACUAUACAGAAGUUUCCGCUAACUCUUGACAAACUUGAAUUAAAACGAUGUGUAAUUUUCAAGAGGCUCAUAGAUACACAUAUGUGUUAUCCUUUAUGGGACAUUUCAUCCCAUUUCUUUGAUGAAAUAUGUACAUUUGUUCCCAAUAUAAAAUGCUUGAUUUUAAACAGUGUUCUAUGUCAUAUUACGCCGAUUUUUCUGAGAGAUAUAAGUAAACUAAAACACCUUAACGAACUUAGACUAACUUCGUGUCUUCGUAUACAUGAAUCUCCUUCGGAGAUAAAGAUACUCGAUUUUAUAUGUAAUUUCGAAACAUUAGAGAUUUUAGACUUACGGAACACGGCAGUUGACACUCGUCUAGUUGGAGAGUUUUGUCGACUUAAAUCUUUAAAGCAUCUGUAUCUAGAAUGCCCUAAAUAUUUAAGAAAAGAAUGUUCAAAUGAAUCAUUAGAAGAUUUAAAAACAUUACGUUCGGAAUCAGAAAUAUGGUUCCGUCUGUUUGAUGAGAAACUUUAUACCUUUCAAUCUAAAGUGGAACUUCUACUUGCCGAAAACAGAGUGGAAGAAAUAAUCAGUUUUAGGAACGAUUUGUUCCAAAACUAUUUUUUGUCAAAUAUUAGUCACUAUAUAAGUAGAUGUAAUAAUUUGGAGACAGUAUGUAUUAGACAUUAUUCGCAUAUUACUAAAACGGAUAUCACUAUUUUGGCGUCGACAGUACCAAACUUGAAAGAAUUGGAUAUAACUGGUUGUUCUGUAACUCUAGAAGAUGUUAAAAACUUUAAAUCACAAAGACCUAAUGUUAAAAUUUCUUCAUCGUUUGUUACAUAAUAUUAAAGUUAUAGUUAAAGUCUAUAAGAAGAUGACUAUUCAAACGUAAUCAAAGUGACAUAGAGUAUAAAAGAAACAAGCUAGAAAUAAAAAUCGUUUUAUAUCUGGAUAACAAGUAUUACUUGACAUUGCAAUUAUCUGAGUAAUUGUAACAAAACAUGAAUUGUUGUACUUGGAAAAAAUACUUGUGCAAAAUCACAAUUAUGUAAACGUAAUAAUUGUAACUGCAAUUAUAAUUAUUACUAAACUUUGUUACAUCUUAAAUUAUUUUAAUAUAAAAACUU